UUGUCUCACUUUACGGGAAAACUUUUUUUGCGGUCUUUAUUUGUAUUUUUAAAAAUUUUUGGAGACGCCAGAAGAUUUUCAAAUUUUAGUUAUCAAAGUUCCUGGGCACAUUCUAGUAUUCUAUUAAUUUCACAUUCUUUAACAAUUUGCAGAUUUUAUUAAAAAAAUAAUUUUAAAAAUGUUUUCUAUGCUUGGUGCUGGAGCAGUUUCGGCAGUUGCUGCUGCAAUCAUUUAUGCCAACCUUCCUACUCGUUUGACUAUUGGAGGUGUACUUCCAACUAUUGACUAUUUGUCGAAAAUAAAUUUAAAAUUGAUUGAGAAAGGGAAAGGCGAUGCUGCGAUUUUUGAAGGAAAAAAUGUUUUGGCUGAAGAAAUUUUCAACGCAAAUCCAACCCUAAUUAUGGCUGUCAGACGUCCUGGCUGUUCUUUUUGCCGUAAAGAAGCUUCUCAAAUUUGUUCAUUGUCUAAACAACUUGAAGAAAAGGGCGUCAAAGUAAUUGGUGUUGUUCAUGAGACGCUUGGAGUUGAAGAAUUUAGACCAUUUUUGGGAUGUUCUGAUGCUUUGUAUUUUGACCCUGAGAAAAAGUUUUUUGGACCUGAACAACGAUGGCUGCCAUUUUGGAUGGGAUUUUUGCGUUUGUCUACCUACAUUAAUACCUACAAAACAAAGAAAGCUGGAUUUGUUGGAAAUUUGGAAGGUGAAGGACGUCUUUUGGGAGGAAUUUAUUUGAUCAACAAGGACAAAAUGCUCUUCGCGCAUUUGGAAAAAGAAUGGGGAGAUGAGCCUGAAACCCAACAACUGUUGGAUGCACUUAAUGACAUUUAA